CGCCAUUUCCAGUUAAAAGAAGUAUCGAGUCAUUCAUGAAUUUUUUAAAGUUUUAGCUGUUUUUGACAUUUGAGAAGUUGGUUGUGGGAAUAUUUUGCUCAGGGAAUAAGUUUUGAGGUGUUAAAAGAGGAGUAAUUGAGAAAAGAAUCAAGAUGUCUAAGGCCAAGACACAGCAACCAGCUGUCAUUCAUAAAGUGAUUAUGGUAGGAAGUGGUGGUGUUGGUAAAUCAGCAUUAACUUUACAAUUUAUGUAUGAUGAGUUUGUAGAAGAUUAUGAACCAACUAAAGCGGAUUCGUAUCGUAAGAAAGUUAUAUUAGAUGGUGAAGAGGUUCAGAUAGAUAUUUUAGAUACAGCAGGUCAGGAAGACUAUGCUGCUAUAAGAGAUAAUUAUUUUCGAUGUGGUGAAGGCUUUCUCUGUGUUUUCUCUAUAACUGAACAAGAAUCGUUUCAAGCUACAGCUGAUUUUAGAGAACAAAUAUUACGAGUGAAAAACGAUGAAAACAUUCCGUUUUUAUUGGUGGGUAAUAAAAUGGAUUUAGAUGCUAAAAGACAAGUUAGUUCAGAAGAAGCCUCUCGAAGGGCAGCAGAAUGGAAAGUUAAUUAUGUAGAAACCUCAGCCAAAACUAGAGCCAAUGUAGAUAAGGUAUUCUUUGAUUUACAGCGAGAAAUAAGGUCACGAAAAAUGGAAGCUAGUCGACAAAAUAAUGGCAAACAGCGAAAAAACAAAGAUCGUAGUAAGAAAAAAUGUGUCAUACUGUAAUGGAUGUUAAUCUACCUUAUAAAUUAUUUGGCCUUGGCCUUCACAUUUCGGGGAUCCGAGUGACCUAUUUCAUGCAAACUUUUAUAAGUAACAACAUUUAAUCUUCAUCAACAGACAAAUGACUGUAUUAUUACAGCAUAAAGUGAUGACAUCAUGAAUAUUAUUCAGCAUAAAGUGAUGACAUAACUGUAUUUGUGUUUAAUUUUCAUCAGAAUUAAUGACAUCAUCAAUUUGUGUUUAGCUAUUUAAUCCUGUGUUUUGGAACGUACCCAGUGCAUGAAGAGACUCUACCAAUAAAACCAAUAUGCUUAUUUUUUCAAGACAUACUUGAAAACACUGUAAAUCCCAAUUUGCAAGUAUUAUUUUAUAUACAAUUUUCUUUGUAUAAGCUUUUAUAUUUGCAUUGUUACGAGCACAGGUGCAAUAUAUAUGUUAAUAGUAACAAAUUGCUUUUUGGUUUUAAGCUAAUUAGAAACAGUAUUGUUUUGGGUGUAGUUUGGGGGUUUUCAGUCUCAUAGAAAUAGAAAAUCAAUCUUUCAUCAACAAGCCCCUUAAAUGCCAUUGUUUCACUGAAUAUUUUGCUGAAUGUUGUCCAUAUUGAUUGUUGAUGCUACUGACGGUCACCUUAGUUUUUACCCCUUAUAUCUUCCAUAACUGAAAUUAUACAAAAAUUAAAUUAAUAUUCACUUUAAAGCAUCUUGUUAUGUGAAAUUUAAAAAAAAUCAAAAAUGAUAAUUAAUGCUAGGUUGUUAGUUAGGACAGUCAGUCAGUCAAAUUCUAGAAUAGGAAAAUAGUAAACUAAGAUGACAUACAUGUCAAACUUAACCAUUAAUACUAAUCCAACCCAAAAUAAAGAAAUUUCUAAUUCAGACAUCUGUAUUAUCAUUGUAAAUAUUAUUGUUUUUUAUGCAAUUAUUAAUUGUUGUUGUUGAUGCUUGAUAAAAAAAAAACUUGUAUGUUGAAGACAAAAUUAAGAAAUGGAGUACAUGUAGUAGGCAUGAGGCUGAACUAUUUUGGUAAAAAUAAUGCUUUGUUCGUUGGUUGAAUAACUCAUGCUAUGGUCGGCUGGAAAACUGUGCAACCAAAACUUGAAUUAACUUCAAAAGUCAGUGAUAUUUUUUCAUGUUAAAGAUUGAAAUACUGGUAGUGUACAUAGUUUGUGCUUUAAGUACCGCCUCAAUGCCAAAAUGUUGUAUAUUGUUACUGCUUUUGGUACUUCUUAAAAUUGAAUCUGUGACAAACCAAUUGCAAUAUUCUGUUGUGUCCAGAUUUCUUAUUCUUCACAAAGUGAAAUAUUUUACCUGAAUGCACACAAAGUAAAGUUUUUAAAUGAAGUUUAUUCAUUUGUAUUCAAAGGUCUUUGAAUGAAAAAAAUAGCAAAAUGAAAUACCCUGGAUAAGUUUAGUUUUCAGCUUGGAUCUGCACUUACAAGGGUCAUAUAUAUUGGUAUCUUUAUUCUUGAAUUAUAGCGGUAUUCCUCAUUGAUAUACAUGUAAUGAAAUAUUGUUAAAAAUAUCUUCAAAGCAUACUUUAAUGAAUAACAAAAUCUCAUGAUAAGGUAAUAUUACUUCAUCAGAUGAAUCUUUUUUUGAAUAAGACAGAUUCUUGACAUACAUAUGAAUUAAAAUGUACAUGUACUUGUAUAAUAGUGUUAAUUUGUAUGAUUUUAUUUUAUAAAAUUUGUUAAUAUUUUUUUACUCAUCUUUAAUUGUUGUUUAGAAAUGUACCCUAUGUUAUUCUUGUUCAAGGCUUUCACGCUUCUGUACUUGCUUUUUUGUAACAUGUUAGUUUAUCUUGAGAUAGUCAAUAAAAUUAUCGAAGAGCC